GGUUGGGGGCAGGGGAGGGUCAACUACAGGCUGUGCCCAAGUGGGUGUGGGCUGGGCAGGCUGGCCAGUUAAGCUCUUCCUUCAGGGAGGGCACUGGGACUGGGGGCAGGCAGUGGUUUUGCAAAGCAUUUGGGCACAUGACCCAAGGACUGGGAGUGGAUAGGUUUCUUGCCUCCAGUGUGGGCCUGUGUGGCCCCAACUGGCUAAAGGUUGGGGUCUCUUGGCCUGGCCAGACUGACUUCUAGUUAAAGACUUUGGUGGCCACUUUCCUAAUUGACUCACAGCAUGCAAGAUGUAUGGAGGCUCAGAGGCGCCAGAGCAGGGACCUGGUAAGCUUUAGGUACAGUGCUGGCCAGGAUGCAGGACCAGCUGCACCAAGGCUCCAGCUUGGCCCAACUGGUCAACUCCCCCCAUCACAGUUUUGACAUUUUAUACUGAAUGGGAGGGGCCUGGCCCUGGGUGUGGGAGUGUUUGCUUCCUUUUGAGGUCUUUUUUUUUUUUGAAUAUUUAUUUAUUUAUUUUUGGCUGCGUUGGCUCUUCGUUGCUGUGCGUGGGCUUUCUCUAGUUGCGGCGAGUGCGGGCUACUCUUCGUUGCGGAGCACGGGCUUCUCAUUGCGGUGGCUUCUCUUGUUGCGGAGCACGGGCUGUAAGCGCCUGGGCUUCAGUAGUUGUGGCUCACAGGCUUUAGAGCGCAGGCUCAGUAGUUGUGGCGCAUGGGCUUAGCUGCUCCGCGGCAUGUGGGAUCUUCCCGGACUAGGGCUUGAACUCGUGUCCCCUGCAUUGGCAAGCGGAUUCUUAACCACUAAGCCACCAGGGAAGUCCCUUUUUGAGGUUUUAAGGAUGGCACUUACUAUGUGUUCUUCCUGGAACAGAAAGAACUCAAGAUCAAUUUAAAAGUGGGGAAAAACACAGCCAAGUGCAGAGAAUUUAAUGCGAACCCCAAUCCACCACCACCCAGACAUAACGACAGACAGCACUGGUUUUUGUUUUACACAUUUCUGAGCAUGUCAAAGGUCAGUUUCAAGCAAAUCAUGAAGGUUAAGGUACUAUUCUGAAAGUGUUAGACCCAGAGAGCCCAAUCACCCUUAAGUCUACCAGGAGGUAUCCCGCCAAUGCCCCUGAAUUUGUUAUCUAGCUUCCAGCUAGGCAUCUGGAGAUCUUAAGGGGCCAAGAUUUUUUUUUUUUUUUUUAAUUUGGCUGCAUCGGGUCUUAGUUGCGGCAUGCGGGAUAUAGUUCCCUGACCAGGGAUCGAACCCGGGCCCCCUGCAUUGGAAGUGCAGAGUCUUAGCCACUGGACCACCAGGGAAGUCCCAAAGGGGCCAAGAUUUUAAGGGGAGGGGUGGAAAGCACCACCAGAAGAAAAUAUAAUUUUUAGAAAUCACAAAAUAAAUACUUCACUGGGUCCAAAAAUAAGUAAGUAAAAUCACAAGAAUGGUACACAGCCCCAGUGACUAAAUGGGCAGAGGCUGUGAACUAGGAAGCCACACAGAUAUUGGUGAGGCUCCCCAAGCAAAGACCCCCAACAAAAUUGGUCAAGAAAGGCCUUUUCUCAUCUCCCAACUUAGCAAGUAUAUAUGUGCACACUUAUGUACAUAAAUUUUUUUCUAUGGAGAUGCCUGUUGGUGGCGAUAUUGUACUCUUUUGGAGGCUGUGGACAACUACUCCAGAGGACAAUGUGAUGAUAGGUUAAAAGAAAAAGUCCCUGCUGUUUGACCCAGUAAUUCUACUUCUGGGAAUCCAUCCUUAAUAACUAUUGGGAAAUUGGGGGAAAGCCUUUAUACUCAAUGACGCGUGUCCUUUUCCAGGGGUUAUUAAUUUAGGAAGGGGAUUGGAAACAACCUAAAUGCCCAGGCAGCCUCGAAGAGAUACCUGAGGGGAGACCUCAAAGGCAAGUGGAACAGUUUGCUAACAAAGACGGGUCUCCACUCAUGAUGUUGAGUGAGAACAGCAGGGUUCACAGCAGAAUCACACUUAGUAUGUAAAAGGAGGCAGAGCUGAGGCCAGGAGCAAAAGGCAAAAAGCUGGCUAGAAUAGGGCUGCUUCUGCUGGGGACCGGGAGAAGGCCCCAGGCACAGGGUCUGCAGGGAAAACUGAUAGCAGAAGCAGGAAUGAACUUCAUGGGCUGUGGGUUGAGUUCUCCAAGGCUGAUAAAUUCUCUAGAAACGAGCAAGCAGAGAGGAAUGCCUGAAAGUCCCUGAGGUGCUUGGAAGGAAACAAAUGUAAGUCAAGCAGCACCUUCUGCUACUGUGGGUGAAACAGGUGUACGCAGUUUUCACAUUGUCUUGCUUCCAAAUCACGGGUCACUCCUGAGUUGGUUUUAGGGGAUCAGGAGCCAAAUGCCCCUGCUACCUCUUCUGAGCCCCUGCUGCCGCUCGACGCCAUCUAGAAGGGAGGGCAUGACCUGCUGGCUGAAUCAGCCCCACGCUGCCCCUGCAGACACCGUGGCACCGACAAGGAGCAGGGCACCACUGGCUCCUAAUCAUGUGCAGGAGGUUCGCCUACACCGGGUGGAGUCCAUCAGCGAUCUACACAGUGGAGGUUCACUGUGGCCCUACCUGGCCGAGGAGGCACAGCCAUGGGAUGAGCUGCUGGGCAUCCUGCGUCCACCGAUGUGCACCCAGACCGGCUGCAGCCCCGUGCACAGCCGCGGCAGCUUCCUGCUGCUGCUUGCACUGCUCGUGCUCACCUGCCUGGCGUUGGCUGUCCUGGCCGUCUACCUGAGUGUGCUGCAGAGCGAAUCCCUACGCGUUCUGGCACACACACUGCAAACGCAGGAGGAAAUGCUGCUCAAACUCCGGCUCACCAGCCUCAGCCAGCUGCGGAGGCUCAACUCGAGUGAGGCCCGAGCACCCAGUUGAGAUGCCACUUGGACCUGGGGCCUGGGGGUAUGUGCAGGGGGGAAUAAUGUGGCCGCUGGUAGCUUUCCCCUCUCCCACUACUGCUCCACACUACUUCCUUAGUGAGGUUUUUGUAUAAGAGCCUGAUCUGACCCCGCAGCUGUCUGCCUUUCUUGCCUUCUCAAGCUAGGCCUAGCCAAGCCUUCUGGUGCCAGAGCCCCACUUGGUGUGGCCCAAGGUCAGAGGAAGCGACACCAGCCUCCUGGCUCCUCUUGGGGCCUGUCAGCACCCUCUGGUGUCCUCCAGAUAGCAGGUUCAGGAGUCUAAAAAUAGCUGCCUACCCUGGUCACCCAAACUCUGCUGGGCCUCCCAGUGGGGGUCCAGCCUCUGCUCUCAAAAGACAGGCUGGGCUCUGAGUAGGGGGAGGAGGGCCCCUGGGGAGAGAUUAUUUUGGAGAGCAAAGGUGAGAUGGAGAUAGGGAGGCCCAGCUGGGCCCAAGCCUGGGUUGGUGGAUAGGGAAGGCAGGCAGAAACACCCAGAAGCCAGGGCCACAGAAGACUGCACAUUGUUUAAUUAUCUCUAAAAUCUUUAAAACUCAGCAUAUAAAUCCACUCCAGGUAGCCUCACCGCCCCACGUUGUAGUGGCAGUUGUCCAGAUACUAUCACCUCCUCCCCGAAAGUGGGUCAUCCCAGGGGAGCAAGGCCUGAGAAAGGGGCAGCCCUGACAGGGCAGGAAGUGGCCACAGGGCCGGCACAGGGGCAAAGCGUGAAGGUCCCAAGUGGCCUGGCCUCCAGCCACCCGCCCCCAUGUCUGUUUUUGGUUUUGUCAUUAAAAAAAUAAAGCGACAAUGCCUGGCAGGGACCAGGUGUUGCACUGUCUUCUGUUAAAAAUACAGGCAAGGAUGUGGACAGUCUCCUCUUCGGCUGGUCCUGCCUCACAGGAUGUCUGCCCGCUUGUCCCGCACGCGGCUGCGCGCCUUGGUCCUGGCUUUGA